CAUAUCGCAUUCCCACAGUCAGUAAGCCCAUACUACAAUCUCAUUCUGGAACCGUCCUCUCUCUCUCUCUCUCUCUCUCUCUGAGGCAAAGCCAAAAAUCAUCAGAUCUUCCCACUGAAAGCAGCCCUUUCGAUUGCUUCGUGCUUAGAGCUUAAACAUGGUUGGAAUUUUCUCAAGGUUCUCCUCCAGGAACGGUCAUCGUCGCGCUCAAAGUGCAAUUGAUGCAAGGGAAGGGUUGCCUUCAGCUUCAGAGCCAACAACGGGUGCCAUUGCAACAGCUGCAUCUAUAUCUUCUGUCACCCAUGGUAUUGAAAUUGCGACCGAGUUUAAGCCAAUCGACCGCCCCUUCGAGCCUCUUGACAAUGACCAACCAGUUCAAUGUCCAUUGCCCGAGCCAUCAAUUCUCAAUGAUGGAAGAAUAUGGAAGGAGAGAGUAUCUUCUGUUUCACAAAGGAGAAGUGAUACGCCGGCCAUGCAGAAGCGAACCUCAACCGGAUCUGAUACUCUCUCGAGAAAACCUCCGCUAGUGCCAUCAAUCAGUGCCCCGGAGCAUAAUAUGCUAAAAUUGCUAGACGAGUGCAAUGCAUCUGGGAUAUAAUGUUACAAUAAUUGAUCACAAUCUCUUUUGCAGAAUAGCUGUACAAAGCCGUGAUCAUCUUUUCUAUGUACUGUAGCCUUGCCUCUUUCAUAUAUCACAUCCAGUUCCACUCAUUUCAUGUCA